AUGGAUAUCUUCGCAGCUUUCUUUGGUUUGGAUGACUCCGACGAUUCGGACUCAGGCAUUUGGUCUGAUGUUCAUGCGUACAAGAUGCCCAAAGCCAACCGCAGCGACCUGCGCGACCCAGCGAAGGCUUCAAGAUUGUUUGAUAGGAGGCCCUUCGAGGCCGUCCAAAAGGUUCUCUCUGGUGGGGUCCUCUCUUUGGAAAGCCAAAGAAGAAUCGGCGUGAUGCAAGGGAGAUGCCAGUCUGAUUUUAAUCGCGUGCAGGUCCAAAAAGACUUUGGACUCGCACCCGGCAAUGACAAGCGCGCAUUUACAAGUCGGAUCGGCGAUGAGGAUCUGCUCAUCCUUUCGAAGGUUUUCUAUGUAGCAUCUCCGUUCCUAUGCCGCUUGGACUUGUCGUACAAUCUCAUCGGUGACGAUGGUGCAAAAUAUUUGGCUUCUCUAAUGGGACCACGGGCCGAAGCCCUGAGUUCCUUGCAGUUGCGCUCAAAUGCAAUUGGCCCAGAAGGCUGCCAAGCACUUUGUGAGGUGUUGAGGUCAACCCCGUUGAAACGAUUUGACAUCUCAAUGAACCCGCUAGGAAAAGAAGGCGGCCUCAUGUUGGUUUCUCUGGUGCAGCGCUCCCCAAACCUUUUAGAGCUCUUUAUGGGCGACACUGAAGCGGACAUUGAUGUCCUUGUGUCAUUGGCAGCAGUGCUGCGAAGACAUCCAUCGCAGCUUGCGGUGCUGGAUGUUCAAAAUCCGAGAAUAUCCACUUUGCAGGAGGAUCACACGGUGCACCUUGGAAAGAUGAUGCGAAGCAACACCAAAAUCACAGAUCUUUACCUCGGAAAGCAGAGGAUGCGUGAUGAGGGAGCUCGUCAACUGGUGGACUUUCUGCUAGAGAACAAGGUGCUGCGUGUUUUGGAUCUAAGGUGUAAUGAGUUGGGUGCCGUGUCAGCGUACUGCUUGGGCACCCUUCUGGCGCAUGGCAGUCAACUAGUGUCAUUGAACCUGUCCUGCAAUCGGAUUGGGGAGAAGAACAAUGUUGAUGGAGCCAAAGCCUUGGCAGAGGGCCUUGUUCACAACAGUCACCUGGAGCAUCUGGACCUCAACCACAAUGAACUUUGUGGUCAGGCCUUGAGCUUACUGGGUGAAUCGCUGCAGCACAGCACAAAACUUGUCUCUCUGCGGCUCUUCCACAAUCACUGGGAUCAGCCAUCUUCAUAUCUCUUCCACACACUUCUCACUGGGCGGUCAAAAGGAGUGCCCCUGAAGGCGGACUUCAGAACAAGUGAGGUUGACCAGCAAAUCCACAUCUCAAAGCUGGAAGUGGACCGGUGAGUGCAUGGUGCGCGAACAGCAAAUGUUGUCUCAUGCACUGCAUAGGGUGUCUCACAAGGAAACCCUGCAGUUGGCC